AUGUCUACAACUUCUUCCUUGUUCUCCCUCCUGCCCCCACCACGCAUUAAUGAUCCCGGCAAUUCGACUAGCCGGAGAAUGGGGUUCGGGCGUCAGCGUGCGAGGCGGCCUCAACGUGGCAAUAAGGUUGCUUGUGCACUGCAUAGGGAUGCAUCAUUUGGUCAUGGCCGUUAUGAUGGCAAGCUUGUGGAUGAAGACAUGAUUGUGCUUAGAAUGCGAAUUCACGAAAUGAAGAUGAUGGAGGAGAGUCAUGCUGAGGUGGCCACUUAUGAUUGGAUGGAGUGGGAGAAGAAGUAUUAUUGUGAAGACUACGAAUCGGAUAUUUGUGAAGCUGUGGGGUUGUUGCAAUCCCAGUUGAUGAACACAAGGCCUAGCGUGGCAUUGGCAAUGCUGGGUCUGGUUUCGAUAAGCGUGCCAAUUUCUAUGGGCGUGGUUUUGCUGCGUUUGUUAGAUGUCGCUAAGGUUAUCUUAGUUGGAGCUCAUUGA